AUGAGUCAAUUAUUUGUAGAUGAAGAUGAAGAUAUGGAUUAUAAACGAGGGUAUAAACCUUCAACUACAACAAUAAAAGAAGAAGAAUUAAGUGAUGAUGAAGAAAUGUCAUUUGAUGAUAGAAUAAAUAAAAAUUCAUUAAAUCUACCUAAUGAUGAUGAUGAAUAUCAACUACCUCCAACAAUACCACGAGAACAAGAACAACAACAAGAAGAUGAAUCAGAAGAAGAAGACGACGAUCCAAUAAUAGAAUCAAUCCCAUUAAUCAUAAAUCAAGUACCCAAAGAACAAAAUAAAUCAUUACAUCUACUUCAAUAUCCAGGUAGACCCAAAACAAGAUCUCUAAGAAAUCAAACAGUAAUAUCAUCAAUAAAACCAAAUUCAAAAUAUUUAGAAUUAAAAUUACCAUUAGAUGUCAAUAAAUUUUUUAAUAAAUCAAAAUUAGAAGAAUGGGGAGAAAAUAUAAAUUUACAAAAUAUUUCAGGAGUAAUGGAUCAAUUUGGUGGUGGAAAUUAUAUUGGAAAAAUUAUAAACAACAAAGAAAAUAAAGAAAAUCGUAAAAUUGUAUUAAUUCCAUUAGAUUCAAGUGUUCAAUUACGUUCUACAUUUAAAUAUAUAGAUGAUUUAGAUAAAGAAAAUUUACAAAAUCAAAGAAAAUUAAAUAGCACUACCCAAGAAGAUGUUGAAAAACCAAGUAUUCAAAUAUUACAAACUGCUGCAAAACAUUCAACAAAUAAUCAAGAUGGUUUUAAUCAUUCUUUGGGAGAUUCAUUAAAAUCAAUAAAAAAAUUUGAUGAAGAAGAAUGGAAAAUUUUAAAUUUUAAACUGAAUUUGGGGGAUGAUAACGAUACUAGAGAGUUUCAAAAUCAAUUAAUUAAUGGUGCUGAUGGUAUAAUAUUAGAGAAUCAAAGUAAUUAUGAUGAUUACAUUGAUCAUUUGUAUAAAUAA